UUUGCAAUUAGAAACGGUCAGCGCACGAUAUAUGUAUGUACAUACAUACGUUAUCGUUUACGGUACAGCUGCAGAUAAGAUUCUGUUGCAUAAACAUUUUUCACAGCGACCCCACAUCCCACUUCGUCCACCCGAUUUGGAAAAUAACUUGUUUGACACGUCGAUUCCCGGAGACGUAUCUCGUUAUUAUGGCAGCUCAGGUGCACGAAUUCAGUGUUGAAAUGACGUGCGAGGGAUGCUCGACUGCUGUGCAAAACGUGCUCAGGAAAAAAGCAGGUGUCGACGACAUCAAGAUAGAUCUACCAGGGAAGAAGGUGCUCGUGACUACUGCGCUUGGUUCGGAUGAGAUUUUGGAAAUAAUCAAGAAAACGGGAAAAACAUGCCAAUUUUUAGAGACCCAUUGAGGAAAAGGAGUGAUUUGAAGAGUGAUGUGAUUGUAACAGGUGCUGCUAAAUAUGUCAGGCAUAUAUUAUAACAAAGAUAUUUUUUACAUUGUAUCUUUCCUAUAAAAAGAAAAAAAGUCACACUUUAAUUACUUAUUCGUAUAUAUACAAAAGUACAAAAAUAGCGUAUUUAUGGUCAUGCAUAAAAUGUCUUGUAUUAUC